AUGUGCUGCUUUCUUCUAUGUUUUCUCGAUUUGUUCAGGAAUUCAAACCCCGCCCAAAACGACACCGAUGUCAUCUAUCCGAGAGAUGACCGACAUGUCAGCAGGAGUCACCAGAACUUUGGAUUUAUCGAUCCUCCACCGAGAUAUGAACAAAUUUUUAAACGAGGAGGAGGUGCUCCAUCAGUAAUCACAACAAGAGAAGCACCGAGUGUCACCAGGUCUUCUGGAGAUGCAAGUUUGCCUCCAAGUUACGAACAAGCUGCAAUCAAUGCGAGGAGAGAAAGCCGACUCCAAACAGUCAUCUUGAAUCAACCGGGCUUCCGAGAGGUCCCAUUGACAGCUAUUGAUAUGGAACACCCCGCAAUGCCAUCCCCAUCAUCUACAAUUUUAGACAUGGAAUCCGAGAUUGCAAAUAUUCAGAAUCAUGCCCACGCCUGUGUUCAUAGAUACGAUUCAAAUCAUGCAAACGAAGUUGCACGAACCGCAGCAGCAGUCUCCACUCCAAGCUGCUCCAACUCACUUCCCGAACUAGAAGCACCAGAAGGAGGACCACCUGGUUAUGAUGCAAUAAGUCUCGUGAAUGAGACAAUUAGUGCUCGAUAG